AUGGAUAAAAAAAACAAUGAGCUACUAUCAUCUCUUAUUUAUUUUCGAGUAAAUGAAGAUUUUAAAAAAAAUGGUAAUAAGAGUGAUGAAUUAUUUUAUGAAGUAUGGAAUAAUAUAUUUAUAAGACAUAAAAUUUAUAAGCAUAUUUUAUUGUUUAUUUCAAAUAGUAUUGUAUAUUUUUAUAAUCGAUCCCAAUAUGACCAGUUUAAAGAUAAAUCAUAUAUAUCAAAACUUGAGUGGAGUGGCGAUCUACCAGAUAAAAAUGAAUUUCCACCAUUUUUGACAGAUUUUCAUUUGUACAAUUUAUCUAUAUUACCAUCUCCAACAACUUUUCCAAAUACAAUUACUACACUCACAUUCGGUGAUAAUUUUAACCAAGUAAUUCAACCCUACUCAUUACCAAAUAGUCUUACAACUCUCACGUUCGGUUAUACAUUUAAUCAAGUACUAUCACCCAGAACAUUACCAAAUGGUCUCACGACACUCAAAUUUGGAACAAAAUUUAAUCAAAUAGUAACACCCGGAACAUUACCAAAUAGUCUCACUACACUCACUUUUGGUUUAGAAUUUAACCAAGUUAUUAAACCCGGAACAUUACCAAAUAGUCUCACAACAAUCAUAUUCGAUUAUAACUUUAAUCAAGUAGUUUCACCCGGAACAUUACCGAAUAAUCUCACAACAAUCACAUUCGGCGGUAAUUUUAACCAAGUGGUUCCACCCAGAACAUUACCAAAUAGUCUCACAACACUCACAUUAGGUAAAAAAUUUAACCAAAAAGUUCCACCCGGCUUAUUACCAAAUAAUCUCAAAACCCUCACAUUUGGUUAUUGUUUUGACCAAGUAGUUAUACCCGGUACAUUACCAAAUAGUCUUACAAUACUCACAUUCGGCUCAAGUUUUAAUAGAGUAGUGCCACCCGGAUUAUUACCAAAAAAACUAACAACAAUCACAUUUGGUGAUGGUUUUAAUCAAGUAUUUCCAUCUGGAUCAUUACCAGAUAAUCUCACAACACUCACAUUCGGCAGUAGUUUUAGCCAAGUAGUUAAACCCGGCACAUUACCAAAUAGUCUCACAACACUCACACUCAAUUAUUAUUUUGACCAAGUAGUUCCACCCGGCUCAUUACCAGAUAAUCUUACUACACUCACAUUCGGUGAUAAUUUUAACCAAGUAAUUCAACCCUACACAUUACCAAAUAGUCUUACAACUCUCACAUUCGGUAAUGACUUUAACCAAAAAGUUCCACCCGGCUUAUUACCAAAUGGUCUCACAACACUCACAUUCGGUCAUAGUUUUAACCAAAUAGUUCCACCCGACACAUUACCAAAUAGUCUUACAACUCUCACAUUCGGUCAUCAUUUUAACCAAGUAGUUCAUCCCUGCACAUUACCAAAUAGUCUCACAACAUUCACGCUUGGUAAUGACUUUAACCAAGUAGUUCUACCAGGAACAUUACCAAAUAGUCUCACAACACUCACAUUCGGUCAUGAUUUUGACCAAGUAAUUCCACCCGGAACAUUACCAAAUAGUCUCACAACACUCACAUUCGGUCCUAGAUUUAAAAAUUUAGUCCCAUCCAACUCAUUACCAAAUGGGAAUAGGAACAAGGUUUUAACAUAUAGUUGUUUACCACCAUCACUUGAAACUUUAAAUAUUGGCUCUAAAUUAAUUAAUAUUAAACAAAAAAGAAUCCUAAGUUUUAUUCAAAUGCAGCAACAAAAACAAAAAAAAACAACUGCAACUACAUCCCAACAAGACUAA